GUCUGCCUCAGCAGAGUCCGCCUAACGCCAGGUCGAGGCCGCCGCUGACAUCAUGAGGCGGCGCCUGUUCAGAGGUGUGCAGUGGGCGUCAUCCGCUCAGUGGCUCUACGUCCUGUUUGCCUUAGCUGUCGCACCAUCCAGACCAGAUGACAUCGCGGCCCUCUCCUCGGUGGACGCUGCGUUGGCGACGCCCUCCCAUUCCGCCGCCGCUGCUUCCGGCCCUGCCUUGUGGAGCGUCUCGUCCGCCCCCGCAUCCCGCUCACGCCUCGUGUCUACCCUGGCGGCGCUAACGACACCAGCGUCGACGCCACCUGCACCCAGGCUGGCGGCGCUGAUGGCAGCACCAGAACCGAGGCCUCGGGCGAAUCCCGGAUACUGGACGCACAACGAGUCCGCCUGGAUGCCCACCAAGUUCCUCGACUUCGACCACCUGGACGUAAGGCCAGAGGCUGCAAUGGAGAUUCCGUCUUGGCUGCGGGACCACCAGCUGGGGAAGAGGCGUCAGGCACCAUCGAUCCCGUAG